AUGCUAGAGCAAAGUAUAUACAGAGACCUAAGAUAUGGCUCAUACAAGAUCCAUGUUCAAGAUCAACACUAUCUCAGCCUCAAAAGCAUCAUCCAUCUCUGUGAAUCCACCUCUGGUCUUGAAAGAGUUGGUGUCACCAAAGAGUAUCUUCUAGGCAUUACAGAAAUCAUCAGUGAUAGAGUUGUAUAUGGUGAUAUUAGAGAAGCCUACUAUCCUAUGGAUUUUGACAAGGUCAUCAGUGGUGGUGUUGUUGAAUGUGAGAAACUAAGUGAUAAUGCUGAACUUGGAGGUGGUGUUGACAGUCAUGCUGAGGCCAUAGAAGGUCUCAUUGCUCAUAUAUCACAAGUUGAAGUUACUGUGCCUGAGCAGACAUGUGACAUGAAAGCAGUGGAUACAUAUAGCAUAAAAGCCCAUAUUAAAAUUAGUGAAUAUGCCAGUCCAGUUAAGCAUAUUUGCCUGUCAGAAUAUUUAGAACCCUUUAAAAAGUGA